AUGGCCAAACCAGUUGGCACUCCUUUUGAGGCGCCUAUAACGACGCUUCUAAUCAGUUUGCUUGAUGGCAUUGCCGAACUCAAAUACCAAGGCGAGGACAUUGCCUAUGUUUUCAAGACUUUGCCAGAUCGCAAAACCCCAGAAUAUUACAAAAUCAUCCAAAAUCCAAUCUCGUUAACUAUUAUGAAGACCAACUUGAGAAAGGGGAGAUAUCCACACCCAAAUGAUUUCAUCAGGGAUUUGGCCCAGCUUGUAUGGAAUGCCAAAACGUAUAACGUCAAAGACAGUCAGGUUUAUAAUUAUGCCAACGUCAUUGAACAAUAUAUCAAGAACAAAAUUAUCCCAAGAAUGCACACUGAUCCUAAGUUUGAAAAAUAUGCUCCAUUGAUUCCUUAUCCUGAUUUGGGUCCGCUUCCUGAGGAUUUACCAGAAGGCCAAACUUACACUCAACCAAAGAGACCUCCUCCACUUCUUUCACAACAGCCGGUAGUUACUCAACCUUCUCAAACACCACAAAUGACAAUGGCACCAAAUGUGACGAUACCUCAACAAGCUACAGUGGGUAUGCAUUCGCCUUCCAUCACGAACUACGGUAAUACCCCUGUAAUUAGUCCGCAUCAAUCAUCAGUCGCUUAUACAACGAAACAUGGCAGUUUAACUCCUCAGCCUCCUAAUGGAUAUAAUCCAGAUUUGACUUAUGAUGCCUGGUGUAAGAGAGGCAGACCUCCAAUUAUUGAUCGUCCAUACGAACAAAGAAUUAAAAAUAUAAUGAGACUGUUGAAAAAAGUGAGGAAUGAACGUGGCGAUUUUGUCCAUCUUUAUUUCGAUAGAUUACCAGAUUCAAAAGAAUAUCCAGAAUAUUACCAGGUGAUUACCAAACCAAUUUCUUUGGAUGUCAUGAAAAUCAAAAUUCGUCAAAGAAGUUAUGCCAAUGUCGAGCAAUUUGUUGAUGAUUUAAACACAAUGUUCGCCAAUUCAAAGACUUAUAACAGUCCGGGCUCCAAGAUUGUUAACGACACUUAUUUAUUGGAAAUGAGGGCACAAGAGUACAUUAAAGAGGAAACCAGCAAGCCUGACAAUGCGUUUAUGUCAAGUGAUGGCUCUCACUCUUUGAAGAUUCCUGUAGAUCAUGUGGAUGUCAAUGGGAAAACUUAUAAAAUUGGGGACUGGAUUUUGGUGCGUAAUCCGAAUGAUGAAAACAAACCUAUUGUGGCACAGUUAUUCAGAAUGUGGGAAACUCAAGAUGGAAAGCGUUGGAUAAAUGUUUGUUGGUAUUACCGUCCAGAACAAACAGUUCAUAGAGUGGAUCGUUUAUUCUAUCCUAAUGAAGUUUGUAAAAGUGGUCAGUACAGAGACCAUUCUGCAGAAGAAAUUGUUGGCAAAUGUUAUGUGGCUUAUUUUACCAGAUAUCAAAGAGGGGACCCAGGUGUCCAAUUCGAAGGUCCAUUAUUUGUUUGCGAAUUCCGUUAUAACGAUACUGAUAAAGGGUUUAAUAAAAUCAGAACUUGGAAAGCAUGUUUACCGGAUGAGGUUCGUCAUAUUGAAGAUCCAAUCAUCCCGUUGAAGUCGCUUCGUGUGAUGCCGAAGAUUGAAAGUCCCUUGAAACAUUUGUUACCUCCAAACGCAAAUUAUAAUGACCCUAUUCCUGAUCCUGCAUUGGGUCAUCCUAAUGCUCCACCAUUAAUUGGUGCGGUUUAUAAGAGACCACCUGACCCAAAAGAUGAUUUGGGCCAAUACUCUACUUCGAUGAAUCCGAACAAAAACAAUAUCCCAAAGAACAUCAGUAAUGUCAAAAACGUCACCAAUAUUCCAUUGCCUCAAAACGCUGCUGGAAUGAAUGGUGGUGUUGUGUCAAUGAAUUCAAGUUAUAUCCCAGGAAAAAUGGCACCAAUCCCUGGUUUCACUGGUAUGCCAAUGAACGGUGCUCAAUCAUAUUUACCAUCUCCGCCUCCUGGGGGAGUAAUUUCUAACCAAGUACCAUUUUCUCCUCCGGUACCGGUUCAUCAUGCUAAUUCUAGUUACAUCACCUUGAACUCGAACUUCUCUUACACGUUACCGGCAAAUAUUGAUUUGGAAUUGGAAGAGUACAAUUAUAUGAGAAUGGAUGAUUUCAAUUACCGUAGAAGGUUUGGUCCAAUGAAUAGAGACCUUGCGGUGGCCACGGCUAACGAAUUGCCAGUGAAAACUGAAGAUGAUCCCGAAGUCAAUGGGGAAAAUCAACUCACAGAGAAUGGUAAGCCUCCAUUACCAAUUGUUUGGUUCACUUCCCCACCGGUAUUUGUGUCGUCUAAGAUUCAAUCCACCAAUUUAUUGACCCUCAGUAACCUUGUGCAACAGUCAAGAAAGCGGGUUUUCCCACAAGAAGAGAAUGAAGAAGAUGAUCAAGGAAAUGGGGAGUUGAGUCCAAAAAGGGCAAGAGACAAAAGAGCAGCGGCCAAGACUAAUGCAGCCAUGGGCAAAGACCACAAUCAUGGUAGCGUAAAUGAUGAAGAGGUGAUAGAUGGGCCAGGGUUUGGUUUUGCAGGUAUAGGUGGUAUCAAUCAUACUGCUAAAUAUUUAAGUUGGAAAUUUGCAAAGAAUAAUAAGUUGGAUCAAGUACAGUUUUGA